GCAGUGCAGAGGACACCUACGCGAGUGUAGGAAGAACACUUCCUCCAGGAUGUUGUGAUUGUGCUGCUGCUGAGAAGCGGAGAUUUGUGGUUCAUUCUUGUGUUUAACAGCUUUAACUGCUCGUUUUAGACACACUGCAGGGUUUAAGGCUGUAAAUCGUGAGAAUGUCGUCGGAGGAGUUUGAGAAGCUUCAUGAGAUGUACAGAUCUCUGUAUGAUGAGCUGAAGCUGAUCUCUGAUCGAGUGACUCGCUCCCAAGGCGAGGAGAAGAAGAAGCUGGUUCGAGGGUUUGAUGAGCGCCAUGGAGAGGCGCAGGAGUUGCUGAAGGAGAUGGAGCAGGAGCUUCUCAGCGCCCCGUCCUCCUUCAGGAACUCCAUGUCCUCCAAAGUGCGGCUGUACCACAGAGACCUGGGGAAGCUGCAGCGCCAGGUGCACGCCUCGGACACCGGGUUCGGCUUCUCCUCGCGGACGGGAGACAGCGGGCAUGGCAUCUACAGCGCUCAGAACGAACGCAGCACCGAGCAGCAGGCUCAGCGAGCGUUACUGAUCCAGGGCUCUGAGUCUCUGAACAACGCCACCGAGAGCAUCGCACGCAGCCAGCGCAUCGCCGCGGAGAGCGAACAGAUCGGCACCGACAUCAUCGAGGAGCUGGGACAGCAGAGAGAGCAGCUGGACCGCACCCGAGACAGGCUGGUUCACACCGGAGAGAAUCUCAGCCGCAGCAGGAAGAUCUUACGCACCAUGUCUCGCAGAUUGAUGACCAACAAGCUGUUGCUGGGGAUCAUCAUCGUCAUGGAGGUGGCCAUUCUGGGAGCUGUGGUCUACCUCAAGUUCUUCCGGCACUGAGACGGAGUGCUCCGAAUGCUCCUUGUCUUUCUUUUCUCUAUCCUCUCUUUCUCUCUGUGAAGACGCAGUGAGACGGAGAAACUGGCCUUUUUACGCUGACGUGUUCUGGCUCCUUCUGUGUCCCGUCACGUUGGUUUGUGGAGGCUCAGAGGAACUUGCACAGCUUUUUAAGACUUUAUUUUCUUCUAUUUGGAUGCAAAUCUGUGAAAAUCAGCGUCCGUGAGGAACGUUCAUGCGCUCGUUUGGGUACGACGACGGAUGAAAAGUGGCGUAAAUUGACUCUUUGCGACUUACUAGAUAACACUGCAAUAGAACUGACCUUUGACCUCUUAAACCUGAAAUAUUUAAUAGAAACACUUUGUAUUUGCCUUUCAGGGUAGUAUUGGAUACAGUAUUAAAGUGUCCUUGGAAGGGUG